AUGGCUUUCCAGAGCGCCUUUCAAAGCAGUCCUGCUGAUUCUCAGAAAAGAUAUUCCUCUGCUGUUGUUGAUGACGACCGUAAUGUCAACAUCUGGAAAUCAGAAUUCAAUCAUGAAUGGAUGGAUUUCAAUACCCCCUUUCUUCGCUUCAGGGUCCCUACCCAUCUCAAAAAACAACUAAUCGAACCCUAUCCCUCUGAACUCCACCGCGUCAAACCAACGAUUUCAACUGCAGCGACCCCUGGAAUUUUAGGGUUGGAGUCACCCGGGAAAUUUCGCGUCUCCGGCACAAUCCUCGCUCAUCCAGUUUGGGUUUUCUGGUUUCCAAAUGCAUUUGGCGGAUGUGGGGACCAGAGUUCGAUGCAGGCACAUUUCAUGGCCAGCACAACUUCUUUUGGAAACAGUGAAGGUGUAGACGAUGCCGCUGAAACCCCUGCCUCAAAAGAACUCCAAGACCAUAAACCGGUUGGAGGACUAUUUGACACCUGUACUUCCAGUUCCAGAAAAUCCAUUGAUGAAAUAAUAGCUGUUGCAGCAGCAGUGGCUAGCUCAGAGAAGCCACAGAGCAAGAAAUUUGGAGACCUGGACAUAAAGUACAUUAGCCACCUUGAGGCGGUCUUCUACUUUGGCAUUAUUUCCCUUGUGGCUGGGCUUUGUUCAGAAUCAAGUUACAAGACAAGUGGAAGGGGAAAUUGGACAGCAACGAUCACAUACCGUGGCGAGAGGGCUUCUGCGCACAUCCCGUUUCGAGAUAAAUUCAUUGCUAGAGCUGAGACUUGCCACAUUGCGCUGAGAGGGUUGGAGAUGGAUUCUAAUUUAAAUGUGCCUGAGCUUCCAGGGCAUGCGGUGGGGUUGACUCCACUAUGUCAGUGUUAUCGGCUGGCUCCCCCGGAUUUCACAAGAUAUGUCAAUGGUGACGGGUUUCGGUAUAAAGUCGAUGUCGGAGGGACAUCAUAUUUUGGCGCUCAUAAGUUCUACAAGACCGCAACGGAGGCUAUCCACGGAUCCGCACAUGCUGCCCUUCGUAGCCUUUUGAUUACCGAACCCGAAAACACGUCGUUGUUUCGAGGGAUUGGCUUUGGACGAGGGAUUCCUGCGACAACUCCCAAGGAAAAAGAAACUGCACGAGCGGAGAACCCACCAGCCCAGUCGCAGCCCCGAAACAACAGGUUACUGAAGCAGUUCAGAGAUGACGGUCAGCCAGACUCCAAGCUUUGGCUGGUGACGCCGGUGCGUCUACGGGAAUCACUGUCCAGACCUGUUGUGACAAGACUACCGCGGAAUAGACCUACUAGAAGAGCUAAACGGAAGGCGAGGUCGGAGGGACAAAUCUCAACCGCAGAAACCCCGUCGUCGUCGGAACCGAACGCCCCGGAAAUACCAUCUUCAGAAAUUGAUAUGGUGCUGAGACGAAGCAUUGUUAAUUCGCUUAAGAGGGCUGGAUGUGGUAUUCUAGCUCGUAGUAUUCCCUUUCGCCCUCGAAGGCCUUCUUAA